CCUGGAGUCACUGGUCAUUGUCCUCUCUUCCUGCUCUUUCUUUCUUUCUUUCUUUCUUUCACACAGAGGGAGCGACAGAAAGAGAUGGCUCAGGCUGAGUCUUUAGGUCUCUCAUUAUUUAUCUUCUUUUCUGGCCUAUAUUAAUGAACCAAGAUCUGAACCUGAUCUUCUUCUUGGAAGAAGAUGGCAAAACAUUAUCUUCACUCAACUGCACUGCAAGACCCACAAUAUCAACCACCCCCUACAUUUCUUAAUGAUGCUCUCUACUGCUCGGAGGAGAAUUGGGAGGAAGAAAUUCGAGAGGGCUAUUUUCAGGAGGAAGAAGAUGAAGGAGAUAGCUAUUGCUGUAAUAAAAAUAAGAAACAAGAAUGUUCUGUAGUCUUUUUAGAACAAGACUUGUAUUGGGAAGACGAGGAGCUUUCCAGUUUGUUUUCCAAACAAGAGCAAAAUCAACUCUACAAUAAACUAGAAAACAACCCAUCUCUCGCUGAGGUUCGCUGUGAGGCUGUAUACUGGAUGCUUAAGGUCAAUGCACAAUACUCUUUCACUGCUCUGACAGCAAUUUUGGCCGUUAACUAUCUUGAUAGAUUCCUGUCUAGCUUCCAACUUCAGUCAGAGAAGCCAUGGAUGACACAACUCGCUGCCGUGGCUUGUCUUUCCCUUGCCGCCAAGAUGGAAGAGACCCAGGUGCCUCUUUUAUUGGACCUUCAGGUGGAGGACAGUAGGUAUGUGUUUGAGGCCAAAACCAUCCAGAGAAUGGAGAUCUUGGUGCUCUCUACACUUCAAUGGAGAAUGAAUCCUGUAACUCCAUUGUCAUUUCUUGAUUUCAUUUCUAGAAGGCUUGGCUUAAAGGACUAUCUCUGUUCGGAAUUUCUCCGGAGAUGUGAACGCAUAGUUCUUUCUAUCAUCACAGAUUCUAGGUGUAUGGCUUAUCUCCCUUCUGUGAUUGCUACUGCUACAAUGCUGCAUGUAAUUAAUGGUGUAGAACCGUGUCUUGGAGCUGAAUACGAAAGCCAGCUAUUGGGUAUUCUUGGAAUCGACAAGGACAAGGUGGAUGAUUGCAGUCAGCUCAUAAUGGAAAUGGCAUUAAGAGACCCUGUCAGCCAAUCAAACAAACGCAAGUUUAGUUCCAUUCCAGGCAGCCCAAACGGCGUAAUGGAUGUGUCGUUUAGCUCGGAUAGCUCAAACGAUUCUUGGGCAAUGGCACCAUCUGUGUCUUCUUCACCAGAGCCUCUGACCAAGAAGAUCAGGGCACUGCAGAGUUUAAAUCAUGCAACUGCAGAUUUUCUGAGCAUUCCUCGCUAAUCGCUAAUUAUUUCCCACUUUUUUUUUCCACAAUGGACUAGCUUUGUAUGGUUAAUAAUUAUUAUGCGCUUUUUGAUCAUGUGGCAAGUUAAAUUGCCUUCCAUCUCUGCUUCACUCCACUCCCAUAAUCAAAAUAUGAAACUGAACCACUCUUUUGAGAAGUGGGAUCUGGAAGCAGAGAUAGUUGGCAUUUUAUCCGGAAGUAAAGACCAUAAAAAGUAAGAACAAAGCAAUGGAGAGUCCUUGCAGUUAUGA